CAAAAAAAGAACAAAACAAUAAAAAAUUUCAUUUAUUUAUAAAAUAAUUAUUCAUUUUCACGAUUUAAUAUUAUUUGUAUCACUAUCAGCAUCUUUUUUUCUAAGACAAAGUACACAAAAAAAUCGGUUGUCUAAACUUGGGUCAAAAGUAAAAAAUGUGGAAAACAAAAUGAGAGUGAAGAUGAAGAUGUAAGAGUGAGGGUGAGUUUGAAGGAGAUUCCUACUUUCAUAAUCUAUUACUUUCGACGUUUCUACCUUCUGAAGUCGAACAGGCACGGUCGUAAACGAUCGUAUACGGAGAAAUACGGCCACAUACGGAGGAAAAAACGGUCGUUUACGGCCUCCGUACACAGAUUUCGUAUACAAUCUCCGUUUUGCCCCGUAUUUGUCCUUAUACGGUCACGGUGAUAUACGACCGUAAUACUGGACCAUGUAACACGCUAAAAUACGACCGUUUACGGUUGUAUAGGGAGUGUAUACGGUCGUUUACAGCCGGAUACGAAGUUCGUAAGGGUGUGGGUGUGGGUGUGGGUGUGGGUGGUGGUGGGGUGGUUGUGGAUGUGAGUAUGAGUGAGUGAAAGAUCUCUACUCACACCCACACCCACACCCCAUAAUUAUUUUUCUUAUAAUGGUAAAUAUUAUCAUCAAGUACGUGGUGGUGCUAUGGGUUCUCCGCUAACAUUAACAAUUGCAAACUGUUAUAUGUUCUUUUUUGAACAAGAUAUUGUUAAACAAGUUUAGAAUAGUAAUGAACUCUAUUUACGUUAUAUUGAUGAUAUAUUUAUUACGAUCAGCUGGCCUAUUCAAUAUCUAUCGAAACAAAUUGAUCGUUGGAAUAAAGUCGAUCGAAAUAUAAAAUUAAAAGCUGAAGUUGGUCAUUCAAUAAAUUGUCUCGAUGUAUGUAUAGAAAACAAAAAUGGUGAAUUAUUUACAAAAGUUUAUCAUAAACCGGCGUAUGAGCCAUACUAUUUACCAUUCAAUAGUAUCCAUCCCAUGCACAUGAAAAAGAAUAUUCCAUUUGAAAUAUUAAUUAUUAAAUAUUGUUCAACAUUCGAUGCAUAUUUAUAUGAACGUGAAAAAUUAAGAAUGGCUCUAUUAUUAAAUAGAUAUCCCGGUGAAUUUAUAGAUAAACAAUUCAGUCGUGUAUUUCAAAAAUAUUAUAUUACUCAGCCACUAUCUACAAAAAAUUAUAAUAUAUCACGUGAAAAAAUUAGGUGUGCUCGUAUACAAGAGAAAAUUCUAAUUGAUCAUGGUAAAACGAUGUUUGUUCAUUUUACCUAUUGUUUAAACAUGAAAACAUUUUCGGUAAAAUUUCAUACCCUUUGGAACAAAUACUUUAUUGAGUCUCCAAUAAAUGAAAUAAAACCAGUAUUGGGUACUGGUAAUGUUAAAAAUUUACAACAGCAGCUAAUCCAUAACAAAUAA